ACGAGUCGUCCUCUGCGUGUCGCGUCGUCUUGCACUAAACCGCAGGUUACCUACUUGGGCACUUGUAGUAUGUGCUAGCAAAACUUAUCCCAUCUCUCGUAAUGACGGCCCAUUGACGCCUCACCCAGAAUCAGUCUUGCUAUCAAUCAUCUUAUAGUAGCAUUGCCAAUUGCUCCUGGCAUCAUGUCUGCCCUCCUCCGCCUCUCAAGAAUCAUCCGAACGCCCAAAGCCCUCAACCCCACCAGAUGCGUCCACAGUACCAUGUCCUCCCACUUCUUCACCCCUUACCGCUCCCCUAGCCAUUCCGGAUGGAGCCGCUCGCGCCUCUACAGCGGCUACACGCCCGGCGGCUCCUCCCAAGUCUCUGCCAACAUGCGAGUCCUCUACUCGCUAAUGGGCACCAACAUCGCCGUCUUUGGCUACGCAAUGUACCUCAAAGCCCAAGCGAGGCAAGGCUUCCAGCAACCUUUCAUCAGCUUCCUGCAGAACAUGACUAUGAACCUGACCGACUUUCGGAACGGACGGUGGUGGACACUCCUCACAGCCAACUUCACCCACAUCGACAUCGGCCACAUUUUCAGCAACAUGUUCACAGUCUAUUUUCUCGGAGGCUUUCUGGCGACUGCGCCACAGGUCACACCAGGACGCUAUCUCGUCAUCGCCCUAGGAUCUGCCGUCUCGGGCGCAGCAGGCUAUAUGUUCCAACAACAUAUGAAGAGCCAAGGCAACCCAGGCAUGCGUGACUACAGCCGUGGCUUAGGCUUCUCUGGCGCCGUCAUGGGCCUCUGUUCUGUUGCUGCAUGUCUGGCUCCCACAACCAAAUUUCACCUCUAUGGCAUCGUGCCUGUACCUCUCUGGGGACUGGUUGCCGGCUAUGCGGCUUAUGAUGGUUACUAUCUGAACAGUGCUGAUACGAGAGUCGGACAUGCGGGUCACCUGGGUGGUUUGGCGUUUGGUUUGCUCUACUACUUUGCGAGGCUGAGGGGUGUGAGGUUCUGAGGGUUGAUCGCUUAGAAACCAUGUCAGCGAUUAGCGACUAUAGAAGAAGAAAAAGUCAAUUUAUAUCUGAUGGAACAAAAGCGAGGUAAUGGUACAUGCCGGUACCCCACGAGUAUAUGUUAUAAAGAGUGUGUACACUAAUACAACAUAGUCUAAUAGUUGAGACGUGCCCUUUAGCAUCGUACGCCUCAGCUUCCCAGAAACUAUGACAGGUAGACCCUAUGAGCAGCGUGUGUGUAAGUGGAU